AUGGUAUUGGCGCACAGAGAGUUGUCGAUUCGCGGUGUAGGCUUGAAAUCUGGUGAUGAUGUUCGUCUGGGAUUUUUUCAUUUUAAAACAUUGCUCGCCUACUGCAUGAUGGCUACGUAUUCAGUGCGUAAUUCAACUCCUCCUGACGCCUACGGUGCGUGCGCGGUGGACAUGGUGAACGGGCGGUCGGACACCGCCGACAUGAUGGAAAAGUACAAGCUGAACUACGAGGACUGUUAUUCCAAAACGACAGGUGUCAGUAAUGCAGCUGUGGAGAACAUUCCCACAUAUAUUCCCAAGUACCUGGGGCCGGAUCCGUUUGCGUCGCAGCAGCAAAGCGGAGACGACAUUUGCUUAACCGACGUCGACUCGUCAGACGAAAUCGGUGAUUACGGGUGCGACGAUGCCGUGAAAUAUGCGGACCGCAUGUGCGAUUUCGACCUUGCGCACGGGGACAUCUGCCCCGACGACGGUGCGGGCUGUGCCGCCAUCUGCGAUGCGUCCACGCUCACUCCCACUUCCGAUACCGACCCCACCAAUAUGGAUGAGUUCAACGAGAGUGGGGAGGAAAGCGAUGCCGUGGUGGAGUCGGCGAGCCCCGCUGCGCCUGUCUCCCCCGAGUGCAUGAUGGGGCUGCUGUCUCGCUACAUCGACUGCACUCCCCAGCUGCACUCCACAUCCAUGCGUCUGUUGAUGACGCGCGAAUCCGUCGGCAGCGCGGAUGUAAUUCCGUCACAGGUAAUCCGCUACAACAACACGAGGUUGGUGCGCUACGAGGCGCUGCGGGACUACCUGGAGGAGGAGCCGCUGUUCAAGUGCCUGAAGGCAGACAUCUCCGAACUCUACAACCCCAGUUCGACGUCCGCGAGUCCGGAGGAGACCGACUUGCCGAAGCUGCUGGUCGUGCUCGACCUGGACGAGACCCUCGUGCAUAUGCACGAGCGCCCCAACGACCACUACGACUACAUGGUGAACAUCGUGGAGCGCGACGAAUGCGACGCGUUGGAGGCAAAAGAGAAGGGAUACAAGACGGACAUAUUCGGGUUCACCGUGCACUCGACCAUGCACGUCUCUCUGCGACCCGGUGUUCUGGAGUUUUUCGACUACCUCCGCUCACGCUCGUCCCAGUUCACCGUUGCGCUCUACACAGCGGGCACGCGGCAGUACGCCAACGCCAUCAUCCACGCGCUGGACCCGGAGUACAAGCUGAUAUCGCCCUCGGUGCGCUACUUCCGCGAGAGCUGCGAGGUGAGCAGCACUCCCCAGGCGCUGCGGGGCAUGCCCGCGAACUGCAUAGGCAUCGGCAACCACCACCGCGACGAGCCGGUGCCGCCCUUCUACCUCAAGAAGAACCUGCAGGUGUUCGACUGGCCGCUGAGCCGCGUCGUCUUCUUCGACAACUCGCUGCUGUCGUUCAUGAACAACCCCGAGAACGGUGUGUGGAUACGCCCGUGGCGCGGAGCCCAGCCGUUCAUCGACGACGGCCGCGUGGAAUUGGCUACUGAGUUCGCCCCAGUCAAGCGCGACGGGAGAAGCCUGCCCGGCCAGGACGGCUUGUACGAGUUCACCCAGGUGGUGCGUCUUCUGGAGGAGCUGGUCACCGAGCGCGAUGUGCGUGAAUCGCUGCGCCGCAAGUUUACGCUGUGCAACGUGGUCGCUAGGGUGUUGGGCACCGAAGUGGAGUCCAACAAGCUAGAUGUGUUACUCAAGGCGUGA